CUCAACAAAAUACUAUCUCCUUCCCUCCCUACUCCUCCUGUUCCUCCACCGCCUCCUCUUCAUCACCUCCUUUCCUUCCCUACCUACUACUCUUCCUCCUCCCCUCCUUCUUUCCUUCUCUGCCCCCUCCUCUUCCUCCUCCCUCCUGUAUUGUGUUUCUCCACCUGCCUCUCCUCUGGUUGUCAUGGUUACCACCAUCAGCCCGGCAGAGAUGAUAAUUUACACAUUGAUCUUCCUCCUGUGUCCAUUUCUUUUCUCUAACUGAUCAAAUUGAUCAUCUGAUCAGUUGGUUUUUUUCUGUGAGCUUGAUCAAUAACCGUCCGUGACGUCAUUCCAUUUCCUUUUUAUGAGGGAAGUCGGUGAGGAUAAAAAAACCUGCUGAUCAGCCAAUCUGCUGCCCGUCUGUCUCUCUGCGGUUUUCAUUUUCCUCCAUCCCUCUCUCCUCCUCUCCUCUUCUUCCUCCUCCGCUCCGCAGCAGCGAUGCUCCCGCCGAGCCUGGCCGGCCUCGGCGCUCUGUCUGCGGGCUGGCAGUAGAUCGGCAGGUCGGUGCAGGUCGCGUCUCUCCGUCAUGGUGCAGAAAUCCCGGAACGGCGGGGUGUUCCCCGGAGCGCAGGCCGACCAGAAGAAGCUGAAGGUCGGCUUUGUGGGUCUGGAGGCCGGGGGGACCGAGUCCAGCAGGGACGGAGCUCUGCUUAUAGCAGGAGGGGAGGAGGGCCCUCGGAGGCAGCGCAGCAGUGUCUCUGGAGGAAAGAAACCUCCGAAACGAAACGCCUUCUACAGACGACUGCAGAACUUCCUGUACAACGUCCUGGAGAGACCUCGAGGAUGGGCCUUCAUCUACCACGCCUACGUGUUCCUGCUGGUGUUCUCCUGUCUGGUUCUGUCUGUGUUCUCCACCAUCAAAGAGUACGAGAAGAGUUCAGAGGAUGCUCUCUACAUUCUGGAAGUGGUGACCAUCGUGGUGUUCGGGGUGGAAUACAUGGUGAGGAUCUGGGCUGCAGGUUGUUGCUGUCGUUACAGAGGAUGGAGAGGGCGACUCAAAUUUGCCAGAAAACCUUUCUGUGUCAUCGACAUCAUGGUGCUGAUCGCGUCCAUCUCAGUGUUGGCUGCAGGGACUCAAGGGAACGUCUUUGCCACUUCAGCCAUCAGGUCACUUCGUUUCCUUCAGAUUCUGAGGAUGAUCAGGAUGGACCGCCGGGGAGGAACCUGGAAACUGCUGGGAUCAGUCGUAUACGCCCACAGCAAGGAGUUGAUCACAGCGUGGUAUAUUGGCUUCCUGUGUCUCAUUCUGGCCAGUUUCCUCGUUUAUUUGGCAGAAAAAGAAGACAAUGAACAAUUUGAGACAUACGCAGACGCCCUCUGGUGGGGACUGAUCACCUUGACAACUAUCGGUUAUGGAGAUAAGUUCCCCAUCACCUGGAACGGACGACUGCUGGCUGCAACUUUCACUCUGAUCGGAGUUUCAUUCUUCGCUCUGCCCGCUGGGAUCCUGGGUUCUGGUUUUGCUCUGAAGGUUCAGGAGCAGCACCGACAGAAACACUUUGAGAAGAGACGAAACCCAGCAGCUGGACUCAUACAGGCCGCCUGGAGGGUUUAUGCCACAAACCUGAGCCGAACUGAUCUGACUUCAACCUGGGAUUAUUACGAGAGGACCGUCUCUGUCCCCAUGUACAGGUUGAUUCCACCGCUCAAUCAGUUGGAUUUAUUGAGGAACCUCAAGAAUAAAUCAGGACUCUCAUUCAGGAAGGAGGUCCAGCCUGAACCGUCUCCCGGUCAGAAGGUCAGUCUGAAGGAAAGGGUCUUCUCGUCUCCCCGGAGUUCAGGAACCAAAGGAAAAGGUUCUCCUCAGCAUGUGGUUCCUACAGUCGGCCCUGGUGUUGCUCCUGGUGUGGGUCCUGGAGUUCCUGGGGGGCUGGGGGGCGUCCAGGCCCUGCGACGGUCCCCCAGCAUGGAGCCCAAUCUGGAGGACAGUCCCAGCAAGGUUCCAAAGAGCUGGAGCUUUGGGGAGCGGAGCAGAACCAGACAGGCCUUCAGGAUCCGAGGAGCCGCCUCCCGCCAAAACUCUGAGGUGCUGAUAGAGAUGCAGGAUGAAGAGUUCAGACAGAAGAGCUCCCCAGAGGCCAGCCUGCCAGGAGAAGACAUGGCCGACGACAACAAGAGCUGCCACUGUGAGUUCGUCCCCCAGGAUCUGACCCCGGGGUUAAAGGUCACCAUCAGAGCCAUCUGUAUCAUGCGUUUCAUGGUGUCUAAGAGGAAGUUUAAGGAGAGUCUUCGUCCCUAUGAUGUCAUGGACGUGAUUGAACAGUAUUCAGCCGGACACCUGGACAUGCUUGCCCGCAUCAAGAACCUCCAGUCAAGGGUGGAUCAGAUAGUUGGUAGAGGAACACCAAUCGCAGACAAGGACCGUCCCAAAACAGCCAAUGAGGAGCUUCCUGAGGACCCGAGCAUGAUGGGACGGUUGGGGAAGGUGGAGAAGCAGGUCCUGUCCAUGGAGAGAAAAUUGGACUUCCUAGUUAACAUUUACAUCCAGCGAAUGGGAAUCCCACAGGCUGAGACCGACGCCUAUUUUGGAUCCAAGGAGCCGGACCCGGCCCCGCCCUACCACAGUCCAGUGGAUCAGCUGGAGAAGAGCCAGUCCAUCUCCAAGAUCCUGCAGGUUUUGCCUGGCGACGGCGUUGAGAAGAAUCGUUUUGUGACGAAGAUGGUCCGCUCCAGCAGCUCCACUGGACACAGGAACUACAACGCACCCAGCUGCCCACCGUCCACCUCCUGGCAACCAAUCAGCUCCCAGCUCCACCAGCAACCCCCACCCCCUCCCCAGCGUAGCCAUGCCAAAACUCCGAGUCCGGUGGGGGAUGGGUCACUGGUUCGACUCCCACCUCCUCCGGCCGGAGAGAGACAAGGUGGGAACCGAUCAAACCGGCACAGCACUGGAGACCGGGGUGGGGCAGAGAGACCAGAGAGGGGAGGAGAGGGGGCCAACGGGACUGAGGCUGGAGAUGAGGUGAAGCCGGACAGCGACACCUCCAUCUCCAUCCCGUCUGUGGACCACGAGGAGCUGGAGCGCUCCUUCAGCGGCUUCUCCAUCUCCCAGUCCAGAGAGAACUUGGACUUCCUCAACAACGACUUCUACUCGUCCUCCACCAACCUGGGAGCCCACCAAGGAGGAGGAGGAGGAGGGGGGGGAGAAGGAGGAGGGGGGGGAGAAGGAGGAGGAAGAAGAGGAGGUGCCUCCCGCUGCGCUACUGUCCGGCCCUACAUCGCAGAGGGGGAGUCAGACUCCGACUCAGAGCUCUGUGCCCCCUCGCCACAGUCGGACCGGGCCUGGACCGGAACAAAGUAGAGCCGAAGGUAAACAGGAGCAGAACCAGCAGAACAGUUAAAAUAAUAAUCCAAAUGUGAAGUGAAACAGGUCCAACUUAAUUGAUGGAGUCAAAGACUUUAAGAGUGAAGCAUCAUGGGAAGUAUGAAAGGCACAAAGCACCGGUGGUUUUAUUCAUGAAUGUUUUAACCUGUAUAGCAAAUGUUUGUUCUCACUGUCACUGAUUGGUUCACUGCUGGGACAUGCUCACACCUGAUUGGUUCACUGCUGGGACAUGCUCACACCUGAUUGGUUCACGGCUGGGACACACACACUUGAUUGGUUGCUUGUUCCAUGUUUAAGACACUUGUAAACAUUAUUAUCAGUGUCACAUAACUGCAGCUCACUGUUACAUUUAUUCAUUACGUUUUAAAGAACUUGACACAAAGCAUCACAGCAACAACACGUAUGACAGACUGACAUAUCACCAUUCCAACAGACUCUGUUGUUGUUGUUUGUUUGUUUGUUUGUUUGUUUGUUGUCUCUGUUUCCUGGCCAGAGCUCAAACACAGAAUCAUUCUGAGCUUUUCGCUGAAACCUGAACUUCUUUGCAGGUAACUGUUAAACUAACUCUACUUUGAUGUCAUGUGGGAUCGAAGUUAAUGAGGGGAAAGAGUCCUUGUUUAUUCUGCCCUUUAAAGGCAGAGAGCUGUAACUACACAAACUGCGACGCUAAGAAAAAAGUUUUCCGUCUUUUUAGUGUUUUAAAGAAACACUUUCAUAAUUACUGUCAUAGACCCAAACAGGAUUCCUAAAAAUGUGAAUCUGCCUUUCUAUACUGCGCAUGGUCAGUAUAGAUUUACAAUUAUUCAUUGGGCAGAGAAUUAAUAUAAACUAAAGAUAACUAUAAAUUAGAAUAAAAGGUGAUUUAUAAAUUAAAUCACCUUGAACAAAGAAUUUGUCUGACAUGAGGCAUCCAUGUCUGUUUGGUUUUCAGACACGUCUUUAUUAUUCCAAGUCAGAUAUAUCAGAGCUUUCAAAAAAAAUUCAAGAUAACUAAAAACGUGUCAAUCUUUAUGUUUUCACAUGGUUUAAUGAUAACAGAGGCAGAUUUAUCAUCAAAAUUUAUAAUAAUUUGUGGAACAAUGGGGCCUUGAUUUCGGACAAAAGUAAACAAAAACAGCUUCUCGUUUUUGUUGACGGUCAAUUUUACUGGUCUGAUUUUUCUGGAAACCAGAACCCUGUAAGUUGUUUAUGCACAUGAUUGCUACGAACAUGAUACCAUGCUAACAGACUGUACAGCUAGUUAGCCCUAGUGUUAUAAGUUCAGACCGUUAUUUCAUUGUAAGGUAAUUCUGAAAAUAUGUGUCUGUAAGCUAAGCAGCCAAACAAACUGUUUGUUUGAGGAUGAGGAGUAACUGAUGAGUGUCUCAGGUAAACGUCCCCAAACCCCAGGAAUAAAGAUCAGAACAGAGCUGUUAACGUUAGCCUAAACUCUGAUAGCAUCCAGGACGGGCGCCAACACAGUGGAUGUUUCAGUCCUGAACGAGGAUUUUAUCAACGCAACCCGUAACCCCACAAAAUAAUGUAGUUAGCCUGAAAUGCUAACGUUAGCAGCUUACAUUAGAUAAACACACUGUUACUCUUACACUUUUGCUGUUGUGUUUUUGUAAAUUUGAUAAAAAUACUUAACCAAAGAAUCUAUAAUUAUUCUUCUAAACCGACUCGACUCUGCAAAAAUCCGUCACUAGACAGACCUGCUGCCUAGUUACAGUCGCUAAGCUGUUAUUGGACAAUCGCUCUUCCUAACUCCCACAUGACGUAAACAGCAUUUUUACAUCAUGAUCAUGACGCUAUAGAAACAUUAAUAUGUACAGUAUGAUGUAUUCAUUCCCAACUGUUAAUUAUAAUCUAACAUUCAUCAAUAAAUCUCAACAGUUGAUUAAACAAUACAGCGACAGGAAUGUAGAGAUAAUACUGAAGUCUUUGCUGACAACUAGAAGCAGAUCGGUCCAGCUGGAUGGAUCAGUCACUUCAGGAAACCUAAAUAAGACAACGUUACCAAAAUAAGUCUUUUACUGCCUGAGCUCUUUGCUUCCAUUUCUGACCAGCAGUAAAGUUUGGCCUGAAGGGGGUGCUAGAUUAUUGUUAAGCCCAGGAACCACAGCUAUGAGGGUUUGGUAUCUGUUGUAUUAACUGUGUGUAUGUCUGAUCAGCAGAUCAAUCAGCAGAUCAAUCAGCUCUCCUUUGAGUGGUUGAUGACCUGUGGGCCCACUUUAGCGCAGAUUUGAAUGUAAACACACUAUUUACUUUUUCCAUGGAGAACACUGAGUCCUUUAGUUCUCAUCCUUUCCUGGUUUCCUGACAAAGAAAAGAAGGUUAAACUAAAAUAUUAAACUAAUUAUUUAAUCAAUAUUUAAGACUUUUGUAAAGGAUUUUCACCUGUCAAUCAUCUGACUGUCCAUCUGUGUCCAAACGUUUAAACCUGUUCUAGAUUCAAGUUUGAACUCAACAAUGUAGUACUUUGUUUAAACAAGCUGAUAUUUGGUCAAAUAAAAUCACGUUUCACCGUCUGUCAGCUCAGAUGAACGUUAAGUUGAUUUGGAGAGAAAGCGAUACGAAUUAAUCAGCUCUAACACAAACUGUAUCAGAACGUUGCCUGUUUGAUUGUAUUUCAAUAUUAAUUAAAAACCUUUAACCACAA